AUGAUGAUUAUCCCUAGUGGUUUGCUGCCAGUGUAUUUUGGAAGCCUAGCUUUUUGCUACAUCUUGCUGUUCACAUGUAUGCUGCUCCUUCAGUGGCGAAAACAAAUCCUUCAGAGGCGCCGUGCAAAAGUCUGGAUGAAACAAUUGAAAGCAGAGUCUUAUUUUCAACAUGCAUUGGCUCACAGGGCUAAUGAAGCCCAGCCUAGAACAAAUGCAGCCAUCUGCAAUCACAAUAACAUCCCAGAGCCACAAAGCAUGCACAAGCCCAGUGAGAAUAUUGUGGAGAGCAAUGACAAUUCUAACCCUCCACUUCCAGAUUCAGCUCCAUACAAACCGGUAUUUCAAGAAGUUGCGUGUGUUUGUGCGCUUUCUCACUUGCCGCCGCUGCUUGCGCAUUCAGCUUCUUACCCUUGCUCUGCCAUUCCAACAGAAAGUUCACCAUUCAGCUCACCUCUAAAACCAACCAUCUUGAAAAAUGAUCCCUACAGUAUAGGUAGCACAAUUUCUGCUUAGCAGUCAAUGUCACGGAUUGGAAUAUUCUUAAGUGGUCUCAGUUAGAACUCGAUUAAAGAUCAGUUU